AAGCGCGUGAUUAUUCGUCGAUUACAGCUGGUAGUAGUGGUUACGUGAAAGAAAAGCUUCUCCUACAUUGCACUGACGCGAUGACCUAGCAAGUGAAUAAUUUUCGCUGUUGCAAUUCUACUUAUAUCUGUCGCAUUUUAGCUUUGAAUGUUUCGUAACAUUUACGAACGCCUGUCCUACGUGUUAAUGAUUACAUCGUCGCAAAUUUAUAUAAAUAGCUAGCUAGCCAGGCUAGCUGGCGGACACUUGACGUCGGCUGGAUUGUCCGACUCGGAUUGUCAAGGAAAAAACCCUGCUACUAGCUAGAUAUCCAGCUAGCCAGCUAGCUGCUUAUCCUGGGAUAUAUUCUAGGGUCUGCUGCUCCUCCUAAUCCAAGUGUUUUAAUCCGCGUUUUUACUCAAUAAGAAAGAUGAAGAUAACGGUGGAAUUCGAGGAAUGUUUAAAGGACUCUCCAAGAUUCAGGGCCACCAUAGAGGAGGUGGAGGGGGACGUCUGUGAGCUGGAGUCCAAACUCGACAAGCUCGUGAAGCUGUGCAUCGGGAUGAUAGACGCCGGCAAAGCCUACAACACGGCCAACAAGCAGUUUGUCAGCGGCAUCCGCGAGCUGGCCCAGCAGUCCUCCAAAGACGAGGUCGUCGAGUCCAGCCUCACAAAGUUUGCAGAAAGUCUGCAGGAGAUGAUCAACUAUCACACGAUUUUAUUUGACCAGGUCCAGAGAUCGAUCAAGACCCAACUUCUAACGUUUGUUAAAGAGGACCUGCGGAAGUUCAAGGAGGCCAAGAAGCAGUUCGACAAGGUGAGCGAGGAGAAGGAGGCGGCCCUGACCAAGAACGCCCAGGCGCCCCGCAACAAGCAGCACGAGGUGGAGGAGGCCACCAACAUCCUCACCGCCACCCGCAAGUGCUUCCGACACAUCGUCCUCGACUACGUCCUCCAGAUCAAUGUCCUCCAAUCCAAGAGAAGAUCCGAAAUCCUAAAAUCGAUGCUGUCCUUCAUGUACGCCCACCUGACUUUCUUCCACCAGGGGUACGACCUCUUCAGUGAACUCCAGCCCCUAAUGAAACAGUUGGGAGGACAGUUGGACCAGCUGGUGGUGGAUGCAGCCAAAGAGAAGAGAGACAUGGAGCAGAAACACUCCACCAUCCAACAGAAGGACUUCUCGAAUGACGACACCAAGCUGGAGUACAAUGUGGACGCAGACAACGGCAUCGCGAUGGAGGGCUACCUGUUCAAGAGGGCCAGCAACGCUUUCAAAACAUGGAAUAGGCGUUGGUUUUCCAUUCAGAACAAUCAGCUAGUCUACCAGAAGAAGUUCAAGGACAACCCUACGGUGGUGGUGGAGGACCUGAGGCUCUGCACCGUCAAACACUGCGAGGACAUCGAGCGCCGCUUCUGUUUCGAGGUGGUGUCCCCCACCAAGAGCUGCAUGAUGCAGGCCGACUCGGAGAAGCUGAGGCAGGCCUGGAUCAAAGCCGUCCAGAACAGCAUCGCCACCGCCUUCAGGGAGAAGGGAGAGGACGAGAAGCUGGACAGAAAGUCCUCCACCUCCACAGGCAGCCUGGACUCUGGCGGCGAGCCCAAGGAGAAGCCCCUGAAGGGGGAGAGCGCCCUCCAGAGGGUCCUGGCCAUCGCGGGGAACACCUGCUGCUGCGACUGUGGCCAGGCCGACCCCCGCUGGGCCAGCAUCAACCUGGGCAUCACCCUCUGUAUCCAGUGCUCCGGCAUCCACAGGAGUCUUGGGGUCCACUUCUCCAAGGUGCGCUCGCUAACUCUGGACACGUGGGAGCCAGAGCUCCUCAAGUUGAUGUGUGAGCUAGGGAACGGAGUGAUUAACCAGAUCUAUGAGGCACGCAGAGAAGAACUGGGAGCCAGGAAGCCCCAGCCAGGAGACCCCAGACAGGAGAUCGAGGCCUACAUCAGGGCCAAGUACGUGGACCGCAGGUUCGUGCGCCGGCCGUCCGAUGAGGAGCUGCGGACCAAGGUGGUGUCCCUGAGCAAGCAGGAGAAGAGGCUGAGCAGCAGCUCGGAGCACCUGCCCCCGCGGCCCCCGCCGCCCACGCCCAAGCUGCGCCCGGCCUCCAACGUCUCCGGACAGUCCGCUGCCGCCGGGGGUUCGGAGGCCCGCCGGGAUUCUCUGUUCUGUCCCGAUGAGCUCGACUCUCUCUUCUCCUACUUUGACAACUCCUCCAAGCUUAGGAGCAUAAGAAGUGCUGACAGUGGGAUCCAGAACAGUGCUGAUGGGAGCAGGGAGAUGCUGGCCAACGCCCCGUCUACUAACAGCUUAACAGAAGCAGAAGCAGCCGAGCCCCCCCCUAUGGCCAUGCCCUCCACCCUGCCCCCGCCGUCCCCCUGCAAGGAGGCGGUGGUGUUCUACGAGCCCAAGGAGUACUCCCCGGGCCUGCAGCUGUACUGGGCCGCCUGCGCCCGCAGCCUGCCCGACAUGGCCGAGGCCCUGGCCCACGGCGCCGAGGUCAACUGGGUCAACACGGAGGACGACAAGAGGACCCCCCUCAUCAUGGCCGUGCAGGGGGGCUCGUUGGUCACCUGCGAGUUCCUGCUCCAGAACGCGGCCAACGUCAACCAGCAGGACGCCCAGGGCCGAGGGCCCCUGCACCAUGCCACCAUCCUGGGCCACACAGGACAAGUAUGUUUAUUCUUGAAAAGAGGAGCCAAUCAGAAUGCGGCAGACAUCGAGGAGAAAACCCCCCUGUCCAUGGCGGUGGAUGCGGCCAAUGCUGACAUAGUCACAUUGCUGCGAUUGGCCAAGAUGAACGAGGAGAUGCGUGAGGCGGAGGGGCCCUACAGCCAAUCAGGAGACGAAACCUACCAAGACAUUUUCCAGGACUUUUCCCACAUGGCGUCAAAUGACCCAGACAAGCUGAACCGUUACCAGCAGUACGACUUGCCCAGGCCUUGACACCCGUAGACGGUUCCAGUUCCAACGUUCUGGUUCCGGCCCACCUGGAAGUUUCUCAAAGCACCCAGAGUUUUUCUGAUCUCCGCUGCAGUAUGGAAGGCCCAGGCCACCACAACCUAACAUCUGGCCCUGUCAGUAAUGACUUAUAUUCAGACUUUGUUCAUAUCAUACGAAGAAAUACAUUUUAGCAAAGUGAACUGGAACAAGUCGCAGCAUAUCCCAGUUUUUAAAGUGCUUACGUGAACGGUACAUAAGAACCGUUUAAAGGGUUUGCCUGAUUUUCUUAACCAUUUAGCCGUGAAGCACAUCUAAGUGCACAGACACCUAAAAAACAAUAUUUUAUGGAUGGCUUUUUUUAAAUUAUUUUUUUUUGCAAGAAAGUUGGAAAGACAUUCAGUUCUAUUUCAGCUAUAAAUCACUUACCAUCCCAUUUUUGUUUUACUUAAUGUACCGUGCACUCAGUUUAAUGACACAUUUUCACUGAGUUGUCUGUUUAAUGACUUGUGUAGACAGUGUUUGAGGGUCAUCUUCACCGCUCAACUCCUUGUCAUGGGUGUAAGGUAGGUAAGACACUUAUUUGCACCAAUCCUUUUGUCUUAAGUUAUCACUGAUGUUUACCUGUUGUAAAGGUGAAACUUUGAAGUGUCAAUUACUUUACAGUUGGUGUGGAACGCACACAUUGUCACACUAUGAACAAAUAUCAUGUUUGACAAUGUUGAGGAAAAAAAACUAACUUUUAUAGAUACUUCACUAACGUUCUUUGAUUUUGUGUGUAAAAUUUUCAUAAUUUGAUGAUCAGUUUCUUUCUGGUGCAAGAUUUUGUUGGAAUAAUUAGGUUUCUCGGGGGAGCAAUAAUAUUUUAGCAUAGCCCUUUCAACACCACAAAGGCUUGGAACUAGUAAUGAAGAAAAGAUCAUCGGAAUAUACAUGUUGGGUCCUAGGACAACUCAUUUUACUUUGCUUCCUCCAGACCAUCAAAAUGAACAUAACAUUUUUACCUUGGGUGAACACUUAAUUCCUAACUCUUCAUGUCAAUGACUACACUGAAGAGAUCUUUCUUCAGUGUAACACAGGAUACAGUACAUAUCUUGUACAUUGUAAAGAUGCUUUUGAAUAUGACUCUUGAGGACUUAAUUAUAAAAUUAGUGGUACUUGAAUCAUUAAAUAAGCUUUUGUAAAUGCUGUUCUUUUUAUUAUUGUGUAAUGUUAUCCCAUUUUAUAUCACCCUUCUGUAUACCACUAAAGUUAUGUAUAUUCUCAGUAUACAUUUUAAAGGACUUACUGCAUGUACUACAAAUCAUGGACUGAAAAUACUUUGCUGAAUGUUGAACCAUUUGUUUGCUUGUUCUUUAGAUUUUAUAAUGCAGUUUAUUACCGCUGUUAAUUACUGUCAUUCCGAUUUGAAAGGAAAAUUGUAACGCAAAAUUGAGUUUGAUUUCUGACCCCCCCCCCCCCCCCCCUUCAUGGCUUACAUCACCACGGGCUGAUGUUCCACCAUCAUGGAUGUGGGAACACAAACAACGUGUCUCUGAGGAUCUCCAGCAGUCCUUAGCAUGAUGUCACCACACAGCUUUCCUCCCUCACCACGUAUUGAACUUACGACCCACUACGCAAACAAUUACGGUCUGUUUAUUUCUACUGUUGUUGUCGCGUUCUUACAAUGAGAUGCCUUUACCUCAGUGUACAUGUCCGUGUUUGUUUGAAACCAUGUUUUAGGACAUCUGACACGAACGCAGAUGACUUACAAAUAAACCAUUUAUCUAGAACUGG